GUUUCUCACACGGAACGCAAUUGCUGUGACACAAAGGGGCGGUCGCUAGAGAGGAGAGUGUUUUUGCUUGUGAAGCAUGGCUGUAGGUCAAGCAACAAAACUAACAUGUAUAUUUUCACGAAUUUCUAGUUUUGUCGCGCAGAGGCAGUUUAAAGCAGUUACCGUCGUGUCCACCCAUCAUAAAUCCACAUUAACUGGACCUGCAGAUGAUCUGAACUGCAAAGUGGAAAUCGGCCUGACGACAGAUGGGAAAACAGUCGUGUGCUACCAUCCGCCCGCGGACGUGCCGUAUGAACUCACCCAGCCCCUGCCGCGCCCGGACCCGCUGACCAACCCCGCAGAGACGCACGACCAGGUGCUCAAAUCCCGCCUCAGCAGGGAGGUCCUGCAGGACAAGCAGGCGCCCACCAUCGAGGAGCUCAGCAAGAUGUUCUACACCACAAAGCACCGCUGGUACCCGGUUGGCCAGUAUCACACCCGACGCAGGAAUCGCAACCCGCCCAAAGACCGGUGAUUGGCUGCGUCGCUGCCCCCCGGUUACUGACGCCCGUUCAGGCCGCCGCCACGUAACUCUGUCUGUUCUGAAAGACCGUCUGUCCACCGUUUGUGAAUUUUGUUUGCUAAAUAAAUGAAUGAAUCCUUAAAAGUCCUGUA